AUGUUUUGGUGGAGACCCUCCUCCAGUAGAGAGACAGCGCUCCGCGGCGCCCCGCUCGCCUGCUCUCCACCCCCUCACCUCCAGCCCGCCUCCCGCCCGCCGCCCGCCUCCGGGCCGCAAGCCCCUCGGGCGGCUGUCAGAUCUCGGCCGCCGCCGGGUGACAGGGGCGGGAAGAGGGCGCGACGCGGCGGCCCGAGACCGAGCGGGCGAGGGGGAUCCUCGCAGCAGCAGCGGCAGCCGCUCACCUGGAAACACUUUCCGUGCCCCUGUGGAAGCACGAACUUUUCUCGCGCUCGAAAUGCUCCAUUUGCCUUCCCUGGGGUCACUCACCAGGGCGCCCUGGGCGCACCCAGUCGGGCACUGCCGACCGCCCUCUCCAGAAUAUUCAAACCGAUUUGGGCAGCGGCGCACAGAGCUACCGCCGGUUUCCUGGUGGGCCGUGCUGGGACCCGGGGGCGAGCCGCCUCCUGCAGUCUGCGCGCUCCUGUCUCCUCGGAAGGGACGCGGGUGAAAUCACACCCAACGCGAGGAGAACGGGGCCGGAGGGCGGGGGAAGCCCAGGCGAGUGGGGGCCGGAGCUCUGGGCUUCCUCCCCAGCGACACCCGGGGGACACCGGGACUCCCUCGAGCCGUUACCCUGCUUGUGUGGACUCGUGUGAACCCUCGGGGAUGGUUCCCAGAAGGCCGCGGCGGCCGGAGAACAGCGAGUGGCAGCCAGGCGGGGCUGGCGCGGGGAGCACCACCUCCGGGUGGUCUUCCCGCGGGGCAAGUACCGGGCGCCACCCUUCUCGGGAGUCGGAGCAGCCCGGCGGAGGCCAGCGAAACCCGGUGCCCCGGGCGCCGCGGGCCCCAGCGGCCCUACCCACCGCAGGCCGCGCCGCCGCCCUGCCAGGGGCGGAGUAAACAAGAGACGCAAGAUUUGACCUGGCGCGACCCGGAUUUCUGGCCGGGGUUCCCCCUGAGCAGGCAGGUAUUUCACCAACUGAGGAAUGCUUCGCGUCUCAAGUUUCAGGUUUCGCGGAAAAGGACCACAUGCCGAGUAUAUCAAAUAUUCCCUUCCCUUUUCAAUAAAAACGAACUCGUCAAAAGGGAGGCAGCCCCUUAAAUGACAGUGAGAAUCGCGCUGCUAGUUUCCUUUUUGUUUUGGUUUGUAUUUCGUUUCGACCUGUGAUCGGUGCAUUUCUGCGCUCCCUAUCCAAAGCCGACAUUGCCGUCAAGGACGACUGCAGGUAAAGCGAUGGGUACACGUUUUAUGGAUAUUUUUUCCAAAGCGGAAAAAUGUGAAUAAUGCGGAGUACGUUUCACUGUGUCCUUUUAGGUUGAUCUCAUUUAAAUUCAGGGCCUACUUCUGCUUAACUGGCUCCUUUCAUUGUAUAAGUUCUUUAUUAUUCCGCCCUUCUUAACUUGAUGCAUUUAAUAAAA